UCGCGGCUCCCGAGCUCUUCACCUUAGACGAGCUCGGCUAAACAGCAGAAAUGUCGCCCGCCGCAGUGGCUCCCCCCCUCUCGCGCACCAAGCGGUUCGUCAUCGCCGCCGUUUCCGCCAUCAACGACGCCGCUUGCCGCUCCGACGGCACCGUCAACCGCCGGCUCGUGUCGCUUCUCGACGCCCGGGUCGCCGCCUCCGCCAAACCCUUUCGUGGCGUCCGCACUGCCGACGUCCCCGUUGACCUCUCCCGUGAUCUGUGGUUCCGACUCUUCGUCCCCUCUUCCGUUUCUGACGGCGAACGGCUUCCCGUCAUCGUCUUCUUCCACGGAGGCGGGUUCGCCUUCCUGUCCCCCGACUCCUACCUCUUCGACGACGUGUGCCGCCGGAUCUGCCGCACGGUCCACGCUGUCGUGGUAUCCGUCAACUACCGCCUUGCGCCGGAGCACCGGUGCCCGGCGCAGUACGAGGACGGGGUUCACGUGCUCCGCUUCCUGGAGGACGGCGGCCUCUUGUACGCUGACCCCUCCGCUGCAGAUCUUGCCGACCUAUCCAGCUGCUUCCUCGUGGGCGAUUCCGCCGGCGGAAACAUCGUCCACCACGUAGCCCGGCGCUGGGCAGCGGACGCCGACGGCGGGUGGAAGAGGCUGCGACUGGCGGGAAUGGUGCUGAUCCAGCCCUACUUCGGUGGCGAGGAGCGCACAGAGGCUGAGCUGAGGCUGGUCGGUGCACCGCUGGUGUCGGUGGAGAGGACGGACUGGCUGUGGCGGGCGUUCCUUCCGGAGGGAGCGGACCGGGACCACGAGGCGUCGAACGUGUUCGGGCCGCGGGCGGUAGAGGAGCUGGAGGAGGCUCUGCCAGCGGCGAUGGUGGUGGUAGGGGGCUUCGACCCGCUGCAGGACUGGCAGCGGAGGUACUACAAGGGGUUGAGGGCGAGGGGCAAGUCGGCGCGGCUGGUGGAGUACCCGGAGGCCUUCCACUCCUUCUACGCCUUCCCUGAUCUGAAGCAAUCCACAGUGCUCAUGGAGGAGAUCAAGAGCUUCGUCGACAGCCACCGACCUCGGAAGGAGGAGGACAGAGAACGAAGUGGUGGUGGUGACAAGCACAGUAAUAUUGAAGAGUGGUAGUUGUUUAUUGAGUGUAGAUAACAGUAAUUGUGAUUGCACAGUCUUUGGUUAUUGUAUGUGCCAUAUCCCAUAAUGCUUUUUAAUAUGUACAAAAAAUAUUAGCCGGCUUUUUAUACAAAAAUAAAAUUUUAUAUAUUGGAACAAACUUAA